UUCGGUUCGCUGUGAGAGGGCGAUGAGCUACGAACUGCAAGGCUGGAAAGCCUCUCCAGUUCACCAACAAAAUAACCGGGUAGCAUAAUAGUAGCGAGACAGCGUGAGUGUCAUUGUUCCACGACGUUUUCAUGGAUUCAACAGAACGUAAACCGGUUAACGUAAAUCUGUGUCAAAUGGAUUCUUCUUAUGCCAGUUUGUAGACUAGGCUACAACGCUCAGUGAUAGAGUUGAUAUAUUGCGGGAGUCGAAGAAACAAUUGGGAAUCAAUACGUUCAAAACGAAAUCGGACGUCAUGAUAGCGCCUAAAACAUUUUAGUUAAGCUGUAGCCAGAUGAGUCUGCUGUGGAGGCCGUGACUUCCUCUCUGGUGAUCCAGAGGCUGCUGCUGCUGCUGCUGCUCCUGCUCCUUCCUGGUGCCCCGUGCGGGAGCGAGGAGAGGGGGGAUGUCGGCCGCACAGAUGCAGAGUGACGGGGAGCAGCGCUGGGGCUGCCUGGAGUCGCUGGGUCUGAGCCCACGGGAGCUGGUACUGGCUGAGGCCCUGCAGAUGGAGUAUGAUGCCCUGUCGCGCCUUCGGCAGGACAAGAGCCCGGCCAGCAGCAAGGGCCUGCCCGAUGGGGAUGAGGGGGGAAGCAACCCCCCACCGCCGCCCCAGAGGGAGCUACCACUGCCCCCUCCCCGGCCAGUCCCAAGCCCCCCGGGGAGUAGCUUUCAGAUGGGAGAUUGGGGAUCGGACCCCCUACUCCAGCCCAAUGGUGAUGGACAGCCCAGCAGGAGCAACACUCAACCGCCAACGUCCAGCAAGGAGCCGCUGUACAUCCUGGAAACGGGGCCCAUGAGCAAGGGCCACUAUGAAGGACUCCCUCCCCCAAACGAGCCGCCGCCAGCUCUGCCCCCGCGCAACCCUCUGCCGCCCCUGCCGGACCCACCGAGACGCCCCCCGCCGACCCCCAGAGACAUCAACCUGUUCAGCCCGGAAGUGGACCAGCCCAAGCUGCUGUCCGCCGAUACGGUCAACUACGACCACCUCAACGACUCGCUGACCAAACUCAACGGGAACUGGUCCAGCCCCAGGGGGCGGCGAGGGGUCGGGGAGCAGGGAGGGAAGCCCGUGGCCCGGAGCAAAACCCUGCCGCCUCAGGUGCCCCCACGCACCUACGUGCCAACUCCAAAGUGUGCCCGAGCCAACCGCAGGGCGUCAGCAGACCCGGUGUCUCUGGGCUCGCGACUGAAUGGCUUGGGCUAUGAGCUCUUCCAAGUGUCUGAGGAACGGGAUGAAGAGGUGGCCGCCUUCUGUCACAUGCUGGAUGUUUUACGUUCGGCGUACCCUUGCAAUGAUCUCUCCAAGAACGCCGGCUUCGUGUGGAGCCCCUGUGUCACACAGGACGAGCUGCAGCAGGCCCUAGGGGUCAGCAUCAAAGUCACGGUGGUCAGCGAACUCUUCAGAGAGCCUCUCACCUUCACCUGCGAUGGAUCGUCCACGGUGGACCUGCUGAUCUAUCAGACACUGUGCUACACGCACAAUGACCUGGAGCUCAUUGACGUGGAUGGCUACCUGCUGAAGAUCUGCGGAAAGGCUGAGUUCCUGCACAAUAAGCAGACCCUUGCAAGUCUGGAGUACAUUCAGCAAUGCCUGAAGUUCGACUGGGACAUCCGCCUAAACCUGAGCGAAAGGGCAUCCGUGUGCGUGGAGCUGGCGAGAACGGAGGAUGAUGACGAGACGCCGUCCAGCAUGAACCAUAGCAUCGAGCUUCAGGAGCGCACCAUCAAACAGACAGUCACCAGAGAGGCUCUGACGCUGCUUCUGGACACUUUCCAUAAUGAGGCCGAGUCCUUCCUCUUAUCAGAGGUGGAGAUACCUUUGCACGUGGAGAGGUUGGUGCAGUCGGUGAAGGCACUGUGUAGCUCUCUGGCCUCUGUUGAAACGCCGGACGUGACCUCUGCCCUGAACCAGCUGCCCGCCUGCCCCUGUCGACUGCAGCCCCGCGUGCAGAAGGAUGUGACGGUGUUGGCGAGGAGAGAGAACAGAGAAAAAGUGGUGGAGAAACUGACGUCGGCCAUCUUGGAUCUGGUGGAGCUGUACUGCAGCACAUUCAAUGCCAACUUCCACACAGCACCUCACAGCUACCGGCCCACUGUGCCAAUCCAGGAAGCUGGCAUGGUGACCAAUGUGUUGUCCUUCAGCGUCUAUGGUGCCCACCGCAUUCCUAUAACGUGGGCUGCCAGCUACGAGGGCUUCUUCCUGUCCUGCUCGCUCACACAUGGCGCUACGGAGUUGUGCGCCCCCCAGCACACCAGCAAGCAGGCUGUCAGCAAGUAUCUGUUCCAUCUGGUGGUCUGGGACCAGAGGGUUUGUUUCCCAGUUCAAAUCAACCAGUUGCCACGGGAGACGCAGCUGACGGUGACCUUGUAUGCCAGCCCCUUACCGCCCCCUGGAGGGGCAGAGGAGAAGGGCAAGCAGCGGCGCAGUGCAGAAUCCCUUGGCUGGGUCACCAUGCCCCUCUUCAACUUCAGACACGUUCUGACUUGUGGAAGGAAGUUGCUUGGUCUGUGGCCCUCAACACCAGGAAGCGCUGGAAAUGCUCGCUCAAGUACGCCAAACUUCAGCCAGCCAGACAGUGUCAUUGUACAGGUGGACUUCCCCACCUCCUCAUUCGAGGUGCGUUUCAGCACCCCUGCGCCGGCCGAGUUCAGCCCCCAGUAUGAGUUCUCGCGGCUGGACCAGCACAGCCAGAAGCAGUUGCGAGACAUCCUGCAGAAGAAGUCCCUCUUCUGGCUGUCUCAGGACGAGAAGCGUCUGCUGUGGGAGAAGCGCUACUUCUGCCAUGCGGAGAGCAGCAGGCUGCCUCUGGUGCUCGCUAGCGCCCCCCGCUGGGAGUGGGCCUGCCUGCCCGACAUUUACGCCCUGCUGCGCCACUGGGCCUGCAUGAACCACUGGAUGCAGUGGGCCUUCUACACGCCCACGUUCCCUGAUCAGGAAUGUAGGCGAACCGCUGUCCAGUGGAUGGACACAAUAUCUGAUCCAGAACUGCUGGACUUCCUGCCACAGUUAGUGCAGGCUCUGAAGUAUGAGUGUUACCUGGACAGCCCUCUGGUGCGCUUCCUGUUGAGGAGAGCCAUAGCAGACAUGCGCAUCGCUCACUACCUUUUCUGGCUGCUGAAGGACGCUCUGCAGGACUCUCAGUUCAGCGUGCGCUACCAGCAGCUGCUGGCCGCCGUGCUGUGCUGCGUGGGCCGUGGCCUCCGCGAGGAGUUUGACCGCCAGAGCUGGCUGGUGUCCAUCCUGGCCCAGGUCGCCCAGCGAGUGCGAGACGCCUCGCCUUCCUCACGCCAGGCGGUCCUCAGGGAAGCGCUGGAUGAGGUAAAGCAGUUCUUUUCUGCCAGCAGCAGUUGCCGCCUCCCCUUAAACCCUGGCCUCCUGGUGAAGGGCAAUCAACAUCAAUCCUGCUCCUUCUUCAACUCCAACGCUGUCCCCCUCAAGCUCUCCUUCCAAAGCAUGGACCCCCUUGGAGACCAGAUCAACGUCAUCUUCAAGUCUGGGGACGAUCUGAGACAAGACAUGCUGACCCUGCAGAUGAUCCGCAUCAUGAACAAGAUCUGGAUCCAGGAGGGCCUAGACAUGAGGAUGGUCAUUUUCCACUGCUUCUCCACUGGCCGUGGAAGAGGGAUGGUGGAGAUGAUCCCCAACGCCGAGACUCUGCGGAAAAUCCAGGUGGAGCACGGGGUCACCGGUUCCUUCAAGGACCGCCCACUGGCCGACUGGCUGCUGAAGCACAACCCCACAGAGGACGAGUAUGAAAAGGCGGUGGAGAACUUCAUCUACUCGUGCGCUGGCUGUUGUGUGGCCACCUACAUCCUGGGUAUCUGUGACCGCCACAAUGACAACAUCAUGCUCAAAACCAGCGGUCACAUGUUCCACAUCGACUUUGGGAAGUUCCUGGGCCACGCCCAGAUGUUUGGCAGCAUCAAGCGAGACCGUGUUCCAUUCGUCUUCACCUCAGACAUGGCCUACGUUAUCAACGGUGGAGACAAGCCUUCCAGAAGAUUCCAUGACUUUGUUGACCUGUGCUGUGAGGCUUACAACCUCAUUAGGAAACACUCACACUUGUUCCUCAACCUACUGGGCUUGAUGUUGUCCUGUGGGAUCCCAGAGCUGUCUGAUCUGGAGGACCUGAAGUACGUCUGCGAUGCCCUUCGGCCACACGAGUCGGAGGCUGAUGCCACCAUGUACUUUACCAGGUUAAUUGAGUCCAGUCUGGGCAGUGUUGCCACCAAGCUGAACUUCUUCAUCCACAACCUGGCCCAGAUGAAGUUCGCCUCCUCAGAGGAGCGGCCCGUCCUGUCCUUCGCCCCACGUGUCUACACAAUCAAGAGCGACGGCUCCAUCCGGAGCCUAUUCGUCUGUCAGCACAUGAAAACCUACAGCCCCAAUAAAGGCUAUACGUACGUGGUGAAGGUGGAGAGAGAUGGCCAACAGGGGGCGACGCUGGUGCAGAGGAGCUUUGAGGAGUUCCACGAGCUUCACACCAAACUUCGCCUCAUCUUCCCCUCCUCCAAGUUGCCCAGCUUCCCCAGCCGCUUUGUGAUUGGUCGAUCUCGUGGUGAGGCCAUGGCUGACCGAAGGAAAGACGAGCUGAACGGCUACGUGUGGCACCUGAUCCACGCCACUCCAGAGGUUGCACAGUGUGACCUGGUCUACACGUUCUUUCAUCCCCUACCCCGAGAUGAGCGGCCAGGAACUGUGGUGAACACACUCCACACAAAACCUGGAGACUUCUCAUGGAGUCCUGUCCCUGGCAAAGUUGCAGGGGAAGUGAAACUCUCACUUUCCUUCAAGAGUGAUAAACUCUUUAUCAUGGUGAUGCACAUCCGUAGCCUGCAACCACUGCAGGAUGGCACGGACCCUGACCCCUAUGUCAAACUCUACCUCCUUCCCGAUCCCCAGAAAACCAGCAAGAGGAAGACCAAGGUUGCCCGGCGCACAUGCAACCCCACGUAUAAUGAGAUGUUGGUGUAUGACGGGAUCCCGCGGGGAGACCUGAAGCAGAGGGUGAUCCACCUGCGUGUGCUGAGUGAGGGGGCCUUCUGGGAGAGCACGCUCCUGGGGGAGGCCUUCAUCCCGCUCAAGAGCCUGGAGCCUGGCCAGCACUUGGUCGACUGGUACCAGCUGGGCACCGAGGGCUCCGAAACCAGCCGCUGAGCCCUAAGAGUGUGUGUGUGAGUGUGUGUGUGUGUGUGUGUGUGUGUGGGAGGGGGGGGGGUGGGGACUGUGACCUGGUAACGUGGAGCGUGAUAUUAAAAAGGGGAUCAUGGAGUGUGUGAAGUUUGCUCAUGAGUUAUUGGUGAGCUGAUGAAGAAGCCCAUGGCUCAGAGGUGGAUAAUUUUCCCUCCUAGGGGGGGCAUCGUGUUGUGUUGUCUUCAGACUUAUAGCGUGGGAGAGACACUGGACCCUCUGAUGGGCCAGCCAUCACCGGAUACUGUAUGUGGUGUGACACAUUACAGGAGCGGACAUGGGGGACAUGGGGGGGGCGGGGGGGGUGUUGGGUUAAGACUGGGUGAGACUCCACAGGGGGAUCAGACCACUGAAGGCAAAGCUGGGGGGAGCCUUUGCAUCUGCGGUUGACACCCAAGAACUGUGAGGAAUGCUCAAAGGUGGCUGAAAAUAAGAGUCCGCUGUAAAGUCUGCUUAUCGCUUAGUGCUUAUGAAUUUGUGCAGCCCUGCUCUACUAUGUUGAGAAAUUAAAAGGGAAAUUUUAAGUUAUGUUAUUUUUUUAAUAAAUCGUUUAUGAUUUUCUUUUGCUCAGUUGUGUUGAGCUGGGUUGUGUUGUAGCCUAUGGUAUAUAUUAUAAUAAUAUUAUAAUCAUUUCUCUGUUCUACAGAUCAUUUAGAUCUAAGAGAGAGAGUGGUUGCUUUUGUACUGUAAAAUUGGGCACAUUUUGUGGCUUCAGUCAACUUGUCUCGUUUGUAAUCUGCACCUAACCAUAGGCACCAUUUUUACCAUUGAUUGCCAUUAGAUUGACGGUGGUAGUUACCAUUUGUCAACUGUAAUUACUAUUGCAACAUAUUGCAAUAUGGAAUUACACUGGGAAAAGACUUUGAAAUGUAGAAUAUUUUGUUAGGAUUGCGUGCUCUUAUUAUAAUCAGUAGUAAAUCUUAUUAUUACUACUUUGAUUAUAGGGGAUCGGGUUUGUUAUCAAAUAGCCACAUCACAAGGGUUAAAGGAAAGUCGACCUCAGAAACAUUUCCACCUUGCUAUUAAAUUAGGUGCUUCUAAAUUGCUAAUACAACAGUGGAUUUACUGUGCUCUACGUCAAAUUCUUUGCAUGCAUUGAAACCUGCUAUCCAAUAGACACUUGGCCACUGGCUUGUACUUGUUAAGCAGUGUCAACUUUUUCCUUAUGUGUUGUUUUGAUGAUCAAAACAGGCAUUUGUCUUUAUUUAUUUGCCAGGAAGCGAGACCACAUUUUGAUUGGUAAUGCCUAUGCCUAUGGUCUUGACCUUGCUUUCAAUUAAUACUUCUUCAUAAUUGGGAUUUAGAGCAGAGAUUGUAGACAAUAUCUUGCUGUGUAUGUUUGUUUGCUUUUCUGUCUGUGUCUGUGUGCUUGCUGUGUGAGUCUUGCUUUGGCGUUAGGGUUAGGCCAAACCUCUGACUUCAACUACUCUUCUGAAAAUUGUCAUGGCACACAUGCUAAGGAAGCCUUAUCCCAUGAUAGCUUAUGUACAGUCACAACUGAAGGAAAGAAAAAUGAUUAGCAUUUGUUUGUUUUGUUUUCAGUUAACAUUUGUUUUCAGUUAACAAUUCAGAGGCUGACAAUGACAGUCUACGGAUAUCAUCAGGCUUUAGUAACAUUUCACCUAUUCCAGAUUUAUUAGCAAUAUAAAUUAAAGUAUAUUCUGGUGUGAGCAUCUAUGCCUUCACCUACCUCAGCCUUAUCUAGUUGCACCCAUUUGCUUACUCCAUUUCCCUACAACAAACCCAAAUAAACCGGUUCCAUCAAGCUAUUCAUACGUGGCCGACACCUUCCUGAGCAGCUACAUUACUCCCACAAUUGUUCUGCAUACAAUAAGCAUUUUUCUUUCCAUCAGGAAGUGUCACUUUGUGGUCAAGUGGUAGGUUUUAUGACCUGUUUGCUUGACGAAAGGGUCUAUUUGUGUGAUCAGACUGCAACAAUUAUUUUUUUUCCCUUGCUGUGUGUAGCAGCAAGUUCUUUGUAGGCCUGAAUAUGUGUGUUGUGUUGAGUUGUGGUGGAUGAAUGAAGAAGACUCUUGGUUGAAAGGGAAGAGGUUGCAGUCCCAACAUGUUGAAAAGCCUGCAGGGCAUGUGAUUGAGCAGAGAAAGGGCACAAGAAUGUAUUUAAGAUUUGGGUGGAUUUUUAAGGUGUUAUAAUUAGUGACGAAUAACCAUUUCAAUGUGAUUAAAUAAAAGUUCUUCCUAGUAAAUCC